ACGGACACACGCGGACCAGAUGAGGUACGAUCUACGCGUUGUGCGUUGGAGUUAGCCUUAGACUCGAGCACGUAACGGAAUAGCGGCCCACCUGGAUCCUCCUCUCAGGAAAAACAAAACGUGUACGUAACAGAUUUCCUUUUGAGCGGAAAAACAGAAGAGAUACAUAGAACGUGACGGUGGUACGCCGACGUGCUUCCGAUGGCAUCCAAGGACCAUGGAGGCGGCGCUCCUCGGGAAGACGGAUCUGACGACUGCGGCUGCGGGUCCUGGACGAUAGCUCUGCUCCUGUACACGUCCUUCUGGCUGGUCAUGAUGUACCUGCCGCCCAUGGAUUCCUUGCCCGGGAUCCGGGAGCUCGACGGCUCGCCGCCAUGCAACGACGACAAGCCGACCACGUGCUCCGUGGAGCUAGCCGGCGCCAGGGGGCUCGAGCCGGCGCUGGCUCCGGGCGCGACCUCGCCGGCCUUCGGCCUCGUCGUGCACGUCGACAACGGCCACGUCUACGAGCUGUGCCAUGGCGGCGGCGACGUCGUCGUGUCCUACGCGGGCGUGCCCCUCGCGCGCGGGCGCACGCCCGGCUUCCGGCUGGCGGCCAAGAGCACGGGGGGGUGGGUGGUGAACGUGACGGGCGCGGGGCUGGGGAUCCCGGCGGAUUUGUCUCGCCUCAUGACGGCGGAGCGGAGAUGGGAGGUGGCGCAGCUGGAGAUCGACAUGGGCCUGGACUGGCAGUCCUUCACGUGCGACGUUUUGGUUGACGGGCAACCCGGCGCAUCACCGUGCAGGCUAGCAUAACACGUUUUGUUUUGUGUCAGUAGAUUUUUUUUUGGGAGUGUCUCACUAGAUUCAUAUGGAGCUACGGAAGAACACACAAGAUUUACACAAUAGAUUCACGUUUGAGUGUUUCAAAUCGAGCACUUCAUGUCCUUUUUUUUGACAGUGUUAGUUUUGAGGUUGUUUUUGUUUUCUUGCGAAAAACACCCCAGCUCAAUAAAUAAGGAUAACCGAUGAUACACAACACACAACACAGGUUGAGAAUUACACCCAGGUUCCGGAGGAGCCAACCCAACACAUCCACAAGCGCGAGCUGCAAGCGCGCCACCGCCGCCACUCCUACGCGAAGCCGACCUGACCGUGUUAUCCGCAGGCAGGAUUUUCGCGAACGGGAAGUCGACAACUUUGGUCCAUAUGAACCAACAUGCCGGAGAAGCAUUGAAUCGGAGAACCACCGCUUUGAAAGCAUCACCUCUCUGGCCGGCGACAGGAGGGAGGAAAAUCUGGCGUAGAC